AUGUCGUUGACGGACGGCGUGCUCACUGUGCUCCCGGCACCAGCGGGCUAUGAUGUCGACUUCGAACACCCUCAGCGGAAUCUCGGACUGGCACUGUCUCUUGUCUACGGCAUCGGGGCAUCACUCGCGGUUCUAUUUCUGAGCCAGCAUGUCUACGUCAAGUGGUGGGUGCAGCGACGAUGGGCUGAUCCGGAGACAGGCAAGUUCAAGCUGCCUCAACGCGACGAGCUGCGUCUAACCAUACUCUUUCUCGAACAUUGGUUCCAACGUCUGAUGUUGGGCAUUCACGCUUGGGAGAUGCCGAUGGACCGGUUCAUAUUGUUCCUGAAGUCCUUCACUAUAGUCGCAAUGAUAUUCAACAUCGUCCACUUGCUCAGCAAGCUUUCAAUCCUGUUAUCUUAUCAGCGCCUGGCGCCUCAAAGCCAAUGGAUAUGGGCAGUCCGCGCUGCCAUGUUUCUCGUCGUUGGCUACUGCACCUCUCUGUUCUUUGCACUAUUGUUCGCUUGCAACCCGAUCAGCAAAGCGUGGGAUGUGGCUAUGCUCGACGGGUAUUGUAACGACCGGCAGGCUAUCUGGCUUGCAACAGCGAUCCUGGGUUUCGUGUCGGACUUGAUUAUCCUGGGGUUGCCAUUUCCUCUGAUAUUGGGACUGCGGCUGAAGAGGUCUCAUCAGAUUGGCAUACUGGCCAUGUUCGUUGUUGGUUCAGCCACCUUCGUCACCUCGAUCGUCCGGCUAUACUACCUACUGCAACCGACUUUCCAGUCACCCGACCAAACGUGGGACAUCAUGCCGACCAUUCUCUGGGCCCUUGUCGAGCUAAACCUCCUCGUCAUGUGCCCGUCCAUGUUCACGAUGCGGAAGUUCGGCGUCCAUGUCGCCCCCUCCAUUUUUGGUUCGUAUAACUCCAAGCAGACGCCCGAAAGCACACCGAAGGCCCUUCGAACCUUCGGCCACUCUAUGACGCCCAGGAGGAAAGUCAACAAAUACGGGGAGCUGAUCGACGAAACCGCGGAUCGGGGUUUUGACAUGACGACCCUUGGAUGCGCCCUCCUGUUCGAGUUACAACAAUACUACGAAGAAGUUCCCCGGGGAUCGCAACUGCUGGAGGAUCCUCCCGCUACACAAGCGAUGGACCGGGUCAGAGUCGGUGCUGGUACCGAUAUGGCGUCCUGGUCCAUUGGACCCGUUCCAGCUUACCUUGCGAAUGGAGGUGGCGACUCUCCCACAAAUACAUCGAACAACAGUGCUCCUGCUUUUGAGCAGCUCAAGCAGGAUCUGCUCGAAUGGUUCGAUGGGGUUGUGCUCACCGACUCAAUUGCUACCUCUAGGAAGCACGGCACCUUCCCCAACCCUGGAUUGACCGUUGUCGGCGCCCUAAUCCCACUACCUUUGGUGCCCCGUGAUGCCGAGACCAUCAAGGAUGCCUGUAGCCGAGCCCCUUCCAGAAAGAGGGCAGAUACACGGGUAGACACAUCAGCACGAAAUACCUGGGAACUCGAUCACACCCAAUUCAAGCUAGCCAAUCCGGACUGGCAAUCAUUCCUUGGCACGUUGCUGGCGGAUGCUGCGUGGAGUCUGGGCAUGUCAGGAGUGAAAGCAGAGCCCUGCAAGCUGCUUCUAUACGGGGAAGGCUCUUUUUCCAAGUGCCACAAGGACUCGGAGACGGCAGCGGAUAUGGUCGGCACACUGGUUGUCUGUCUUCCCUCAAAGCAUAAGGGUGGCAGUGCGCAACUAUCCCAUGCUGGGAGGGUCCGCAGUCUCGACACUGAUCAGGCGUCCGACUUGAGCUUGACGAGUCUGGCGUGGUUUUCUGAUGAUGUUACACAUGAAAUCAAGCCCCUGGAGUCUGGGUACCGUCUGGUGCUAACUUACGACGUCAUUCAUACAGGCGGCGCCCGAAUGUCAGCUGGUCUGAUUGUUGAGGAGAUGAACAAGCUCCGCUCGCUGCUUUCCAAAUGGCAAGCCCACACGUCGGAAGCGAAGAAGCAGGUGUACAUGCUUGAGGACAGCGCCGCCAUCGACGAGGAGGAGAUCCUGGGCGAAGGACAUUGGGACCGAGAGGCUGAUAGUGAAGAGGAAGAUGAAAGCAUCUUCGGUUACGGAAGCGCCCCUCUUUCCUAUCGUUACCACGAAAGUGUCGUCCUGAUCGUCCCCAUGCAUCAACUUCAUAGUCUGCUCCUUGAAUCCUAUGAUACAGGCAAAGCUGUCAUACUGAGUCAAGUUACCGAUAUGCUCAACCAAUCACCACUUGAUCCCACACUCCAGGCCACCGCGCUGGAGUUCUUAAGGAAAGCCGUUCAAGAGUCGUCGCUGGACGGCGAACUGUUAACUGAAUUAGUGGCCCUUGCCAUCAGGUUUCAGGAUAACGGACUUUUCAGGGAGCUCGUCGGCGCGUCGCGGUGGUCUCCCACUUCCCGGGACGCUGUGUUGACAAGAAUCAUUCAGCUUGUGAACGAGAGCGUCUCACAAGAUAUUAAUACACCACCGGACUGGGACAGCUGGCUCGGUGACCUGAUCGCUGGAAGUCUGGAUUUGGAGACCUUGAGGGAUAUUAUCAACAAGACAGAGGAUAUUAUCAACAAGGCAGAAGUUAUCUUGGCCAUCGAGUCCGAAGCCUCACUGGGCGUGAAUGCUCACGAUAUCUUGAAUGAUCAGGAUAUCUUGAUCGAUCACGAUAUCUUGAUCGAUCUUCUUGAUUCACAGGCUAGCAACGACUCAUGGGCAGCGAAUUGGUUGGUCCCAAUCCUCUCAAAGCGUGGACCCAAGGUCCUCAUCUGUUCGAUCUUGCGAACCGUGUAUCAGAAGCACAGCAACAACUCACUCUCUGGAGCCGCAGAGAUCUCCCGACGCAUAUUGGAAGGCUGUAGAGAGAAGCUCACACUUGAUAUCUCAGACUUUCCAGAGGAAACCUGGUUUACCAAAGCCCAUGGCUUCGACUGUCUAGAGGCCACAUUUCUCAGGGACUUCAUCCACCUCGUCGACCACGGUCUCAGUAUAGGGCUCUCGGAAGACAUGACUCCUCUCCUUAAUGCGAGUUUCAUCGCCGUCUACAAGCACAUCCCCAAUUCGAAGGUCAAAUCCAUUCCCAGCUCCCGGGUGAUCCAGGAAUUCCUGAAACGUCUCACGUCGACGCUGGAAAAACACAAGGUGCCCGCGCUUGAAUCGGCCAAGCACAUGUACACGACCAUCCUGCGUAAAAUCCUUGUCGUCGACCUGCCCCAAUACCCCAAGCAGCCCGUCGGGUGGGCCCACAAACCCCGUGGGUGUGCGCCGUUAUGCGCGGAGUGCCGCAGCCUCAAUGUGUUCCUCCAGAACAGCGAGCUGCAGACGCAGGAGUUUCGCGUUUUGAUUGCGCGCUGGAACCAUCUCGAGCAGCAGUUACCAAAGGAGUUAUUCCGCUGUGUGACCAAGGGGUCGUACAGGCAGGGACCGAAGGGUGCAUUGGUCGUCACGAAGCUGGGGCGGGAGUUCCAGCACGACAUGGCGCAGUAUCGCGCCGGCCUCGCAAGCUUUGAGGAGAAACUGCACCCUUUUCGUUGCGAGUACGUAAAGGCGUUACUCGGCGAGGCCACCUACCGUGAGCUCGUCUUGCUAGAGAACCUGCCGCAUUCGGAGGCUGCGAGCCGACUUCCCACCGCUGCUCCUGGGCAGAACAAGCGGAGGGCUGAUGAAGAACACGAUGGUGCGAGUGCUUCGAGGCCUAAGCUCAUCGAGUAG